CUUUCUUACCACUGUCAUCGUGUUGGUAAAAGGUCGGCGUUUUGUACUUUCUCUUAGAAAAAUUAGAUCACCUUUAGUUGAUCUAGAUUGAAGAUAAAUUUGUGCUUUAAGGAAGAGUCUUCAAAUAAGUAAUAAACAAUGGCCGUAUCACUGACAGCUAAGGAGGUCCGAAAUGCCUAUAUAGACUUUUUUAAGGAAAGGGAUCAUGUGUAUGUACAUUCUUCAUCAACUAUACCAUUAGAUGAUCCAACACUAUUAUUUACCAAUGCUGGUAUGAACCAAUACAAGUCAAUUUUUUUGGGAACAGUUGAUCCAAACAGUGAUCUUUCAAAACUUGUUCGUGCUGUGAACACCCAGAAAUGCAUUAGAGCUGGAGGCAAACACAAUGAUUUAGAUGAUGUCGGGAAAGAUGUAUACCAUCAUACCUUUUUUGAAAUGAUGGGAAACUGGUCAUUUGGAGACUAUUUCAAGAAAGAGGUUUGUUCCUGGGCAUGGGAGUUUUUGACCCAAAAAUUAAAAUUGGAAGCUGACAGAUUAUAUGUAACAUAUUUUGGAGGAGAUCCUGCUUCUGGAUUGGAGCCUGACAAUGAAUGUAAACAGAUAUGGUUAAAUCUUGGUGUCAAGCCAUCCCAUGUCAUUCCUGGUAGUAUGAAGGACAACUUUUGGGAAAUGGGUGAAACAGGUCCUUGUGGACCAUGUUCAGAGCUUCAUUAUGAUAGAAUCGGUGGCAGAGAAGUCCCUGAACUGGUCAAUAUGGACGACCCUGAUGUUUUAGAAAUAUGGAAUCUUGUGUUUAUCCAAUACAAUAGGGAAACUGAUGGCAGCUUGAAAUCUUUGCCUAAAAAGCAUAUUGAUUGUGGAUUGGGUUUAGAACGAUUGGUGUCUGUCAUACAAAAUAAAAGAUCAAAUUAUGAUACAGAUCUUUUUGUACCGUUGUUUGAGGCCAUUCAAAAAGGUACAGGUGCUCCAUCCUAUCAAGGCAGAGUCGGUAAAGAUGACAUAGACGGAAUCGAUAUGGCUUACAGAGUAUUGGCUGAUCAUGCAAGAACUCUAACAAUUGCAUUAUCAGAUGGUGGCAACCCAGAUAAUACCGGCAGAGGAUAUGUUUUGAGGAGGAUAUUACGAAGAGCUGUCCGUUACGCCACGGAAAAGUUAAAUGCAAAACCUGGUUUCUUUUCUACAUUGGUCAACACUGUAGUCGAGGUUCUGGGCGAUACCUUUCCUGAAGUAAAAAAAGAUCCCCAAGGUAUCAUGGACACCAUUAACGAAGAAGAAGAACAAUUUCUGAAAACUUUGUCUAGAGGUAGAAAUCUCCUUAACAGAACAAUCACUAAAUUGGACAGCAGCAUAAAAGUAGUACCAGGAGAUGUUGCUUGGCGAUUAUAUGAUACCUACGGUUUUCCUGUAGAUCUAACAACAUUAAUGGCAGAAGAAAAGGGACUUACAGUCGAUAUGGAAACCUACGAAGAAUCCAAAAAACAAGCACAAAUUGCAUCACAGGGUAAAGGCACUGGUGUAGCUGAUACUAUUAACUUAGACGUACAUGCAAUCACAGAACUUCAAAAUAAACAAGUACCGCCUACGGAUGAUUUAGAAAAGUACUCAUAUGAUUCUACGGAAUCCCCAGAUUCGGAUUACACUUUCAAACCUUGUGAAGCGACAGUAAUAGCUCUCAGAUACAAUAAAGAAUUCGUUGACGAGGUUCAUACUGGACAAGAAUGUGGAAUACUAUUGGAUAAAACCAAUUUUUAUGCUGAGCAAGGUGGUCAGAUCUAUGACACUGGAUACAUUGUAAAAGUUGGUGACGAAAGUGUGGAAUUUUCAGUGAAAAAUGUGCAAGUCAGAGGAGGUUAUAUUAUUCAUAUUGGAAAUUUGGAAGGCACUUUAAAGAAGGGCGACAAAGUUAGUCUACAUAUUGAUAACAACAGAAGACGAUUGAUCAUGAGUAACCAUACCGGUACUCACGUUUUGAAUUACGCUUUGCGAAAAGUACUAGGCACCGAUGCUGACCAGAGAGGUUCUCUUGUAGCUCCAGAUAAAUUACGUUUCGAUUUUACCAACAAAGGCGCAAUGACCACUGAUCAAGUUAAAAAGACAGAGGAAAACUCUAAAGAACUUAUCUCCAGAAAUGGCAAGGUCUACGCUAAGGAUUCAAGUUUGGGCGUAGCAAAAACUAUUAGAGGACUUCGUGCUGUGUUUGAAGAAACUUAUCCAGAUCCUGUAAGAGUUGUUUCUAUAGGACUUCCUGUUGAUCAGCUAGAAAAAGAUCCUUUCAGCCCAGAUGGUGAUACUACUUCGAUCGAAUUCUGUGGCGGUACUCACGUUCAAUAUGCUGGUCAUAUAGGAGAUUUUAUAAUAGCAAGCGAAGAAGCUAUUGCUAAAGGAAUAAGAAGAAUUGUUGCAUUAACCGGGCCAGAAGCAACUAAGGCUCUUAAAAGAACUGAAUUAUUAGAAAAUAGACUUAAUCAAUUGAAAUCUACUAUUGAUAGUGACAAAACAGGUGCUAAAUCUAAAGAAUAUGUCAAAAGUAUCGUAGAACUUACGGAAGAAGUAUCACAUGCCUUAAUUCCGUACUGGAAGAAAGAAGAAAUAAGAAACAUUCUGAAAAACCUGAAAAAAGCUUUAGACGAUAAAGAUCGUGCUGCAAAAGCAGCAGUAGCAAACCAAGUUGUCGAAGAAAUCAAAGAAUUUGUGAAAGCAAAUCCGAACAUACCCAUCUUGGUCAAGGAACUUAAGGCUUUUAAUAAUACUAAGGCUCUAGAUUCAGCACUGAAACAAGUACGAAGUUUAAGUCCCGAAACUUCAGCCUUAUUUGUGACAGUUGAUGAGGAUUCUAACAAAGUAUUUUGUUUAUCUUCCGUACCAAAAGGUGCCAUAGAAAAAGGUCUCAAAGCAAAUGAAUGGGUCCAAGAAGUAGCCAAAAAGGUUGGCGGAAAAGGUGGUGGCAAACCAGAUUCUGCUCAAGCCUCAGGUAACAACAGUAUACCUCUGUUUGAUAUUUUAGAUCUUGCUAAAAAGUUUGCUGAAACCAAGCUUGUUUAAAGAUCUAUUUAUUGCAGUACAUCUAUUGAAUAAUGCAUUUUAAGUACAUUUUUAAGUUAUUUGAAUAAAAAAUUGUUUUACCUUUUGAA